AUGUCGACCUACCUCAGGACCCAUCUCAAGCUCAAGCUCACUCUCAUCAACUCAUUUUCAACAACCCGGCGAACGUCUACUUCUCCUCAGCGACUGAUAUCGAGGAACCUUAGUACUAACCCACCAGCAUCAUCUACCGGGCCUAGUUCAGCAACCGGCAGGAAGAAGCUUACGACGACCAACAAUGAUAAUAAUCCCCCCAAGAAAACUCGAAAACAUCCCAACAGCACCCACAACCAUCUCGAUCGACCUAAAGUGCCCAGGUCCAUCACUCCAUUCUCAACAUUGAGUAAACGGGGUAGGAAACAAGGACAGGAGGAAGAGGAACAGGAAUCGCUAGCGACAGACCGGUUGACCAAGAACCCGUCCUUAGAUCUCACUCAACUACCCGAACCAAGCCAUUCCCAAUCAUCCCAACCAUACACAAGCUUCUCAUUCUCAUUCUCAUCCAUCCCUUUCGAAUCCGUCACACCCACCACCCCUCAGCCCCCGGUGGCUACACUGGCCCAUGGUCUCUCCCGAGUCCUCUUCAACCCCGGCGUGCAUUGGCUCCAAGACCCGCGCACGCUGGUCUACAAUUUCGACCAUCGUCUCCAAGACCUCGUCGCCCCUGAUCAGUUCAACUUCGAUGCUCUAACUCCUUACAUCACUAGCUCUAGAGACAAGCAGCUCGUCCAACUCGCUCACGAAAACUUGCGUAAAUACUGCGGUAGUACGAGUAGUAUGACUCAGACCCUAAGUCAGAUCUACCUCAUGUUAAACGGCAACAAACCCUUGAAUGUCGGCAUGUUGACUGCUAAGGCUGCCUCCACAAAGAAAAAAGUCGAAUUUACGCCUGGUGCUAAGAUGCCCGCUUCAAUUAUUCUCAAGUAUGAUCCUGAGACAAAGCGAUACUCGAUCGAUUCUGAUAAAUCAUUUGAAACUGAAACAGAUUGUCCAGAUUCCACAAUUCUCUCAAAUCUGGGACAUGUUCUUGAAAAAUUCUUCGUAUUGCCGUAUGAGGAGUUCGCGAAACUGUUGAAGAAUAACGCGAAUUUGCUGGAUCCAUCAAAGCCCAAACUACGCGAAGCCUAUGCGUUUGCCAAAACAAAUCUGUUGAUGACUAGAUCCCAACUGGAUUGCUAUCAUCAUUAUUUGCCCGGAAAUGGCACGUUCGAUAUCAAGACCCGAGCGACUAUCGCUAUUAGGCAUGAUCGAUUGAACCAUGCUAAUGCUGCCGGGUAUCAAAUCCGUACCUCUCAAGGUCCACUAGAAUCCUUCGAAAGAGAAUACUUGGACCUCAUUCGAUCAGCGUUUUUGAAAUACCAGUUCCAAGCAAGAAUUGGACAAAUGGAUGGAAUCUUCGUGGCCUACCAUAAUACCCAGCGCGUUUUUGGAUUUGAGUACCUUCCGAUCUCCAAGAUGGACCAAGCCCUAUUCGGUAACUCUGAAGAGGGUGAUAAAGUCUUCAAGUUGUGUUUAGGCUACAUGGAACGGAUUCUUGAGGACGCUACCCAAGCCUAUCCAGAGCAAUCACUCCGAAUUACCACUUCUGCCAAGAGUCACGGGAAUUUAUGGGUUUUUGUCUCACCUGACCAAGGAGAAAUUGCCGGACGAGAGCCGCCGGAGGAAUACACAACAUUCCAUUACAAGAACUAUAACUACCUUGAUGGCGAGAUUGUCGAGGACAGCUAUAUCGAUAUCGAGUCGAGUCACCAGGCACGGAUCGUGUGCAAAGGGGGGCUGGAGGACAACGAGUUUGGGGCAAUGAGCACGGAGGAGGAUCGGGAAAAGAUUGAUUGGUCAAUUUUCUGCCAGACGUUCAAGUACCCCAGGUCGGAGGAGCUCGACCAACUUUACCGGUCGAUCCGAAAGAUCCAGUUUGCGAUCUCCCAAUUAGUUUUACCCGAGGGCGUUGAUCGGCAACUGAUGCGGAUUGUCAAUUGGCCUGAGACGGCCUCGGAGCUAAAAGGCUCACCGACCAAUCGCGACGAUGAUCUGUCUCCAUCAUCCUCUUCGGCCCAGACAACGUCCGGGUCACCGAACACGCCGAUCUCUCCCACCCAUACCUUCGUCCCGACGCCGGGGAUCAAGUACAAGACCGAAGUUUCGAAACUCGUUAAGCAUCUCCGCUCGAUCGCCAAGGACGGCUGGAAGUUCCAACACCAGCUUGUCGAGGCACAGAAGGACCAGAAAGUCAUCAGUCUCAAGCCCGCCGAGUUCUCUAUCCAGGACCGUCAGCCCACCCUCUCAAACCGCCCCUGCCCUCCCAAUCUUUCUCCAUCCAGCUCAGACUCUAACUCGGAUUGGCAGAAUCAUCUUCUCGCCCAGGAACGGCAGAGGCAGCUCAAGGCUCUAGAUAUCUUAACCUCCAACAAAUCUAAUCCCCAUCCGUAG